UUGUCUUUUAACCAUUCAUUUCCUUUUCAUCACCUCCCCCAUAUAGAUACUCUGCUUUCAUUCACUUCCUGUAGAAUUGGAUUGUUUAGCUAAAACCCUUGUGGAUUGAAGUUCUCUUAUUCGACUAUUUGGCUCAACCAUGGGUUCCUCCGCAAGUGAAACAACACCUCUUUUGAGUCAAAAGGUAGAGAAGAAGAACAGUGAUGAGCAGCAGUCUUCAGAUAAUCCUCAGACUGAUCUUGAGCAUGGUGAUGCUGUCCAGGCUGGAAAUGUUCGAUUUAGUAGAGUGGUUCUGCUGGCAAAGCCCGAUGCGGGGAAACUGGUCCUUGCUACUAUUUUUUUGUUGAUAGCUUCUACAAGCAAUAUUUUGAUUCCAAAAUUUGGUGGAAGGAUAAUAGAUAUUGUAUCUGGAGACAUCAGUACUCCUGAAAAGCAAUCGGAAGCUAGGGAGGCUGUCAAGGAUACAAUCUUAAGUAUUGUGUUCAUUGUUUUAGUAGGUUCGACUUGUACAGCACUUCGAGCAUGGUUGUUCUCUUCUGCUAGCGAAAGGGUUGUAGCUCGUCUCAGAAAGAAUCUAUUCAGUCACCUAGUUAGCCAAGAAAUAGCUUUCUAUGAUGUUACAAGAACUGGAGAGCUCCUAAGUAGGUUAUCUGAGGAUACCCAGAUCAUAAAAAAUGCUGCAACUACCAAUCUCUCCGAGGCCCUUCGAAAUGUCUCCACUGCAUGUAUUGGUCUUGGCUUCAUGUUUACAACAUCUUGGAAGCUAACAUUGUUGGCUCUGGUUGUUGUGCCGGUUAUUUCAGUAGCUGUUCGCCAGUUUGGGCGUUACCUUCGUGAGCUUUCCCAUAAGACUCAAGCUGCAGCUGCAGUAGCUGCAUCAAUUGCUGAGGAAUCUUUUGGUGCUAUACGCACAGUUAGAUCUUUUGCUCAAGAGGACUAUGAGAUCUCAUGUUACUCCAAGAAGGUGGACGAGACCUUGCAACUUGGACUAAGCCAAGCUAAAGUGGUUGGUCUCUUCUCUGGAGGACUUAAUGCAGCAUCCACGUUAUCAAUUGCUGUGGUUGUAAUUUAUGGUGCUAAUUUAGCAAUUAAUGGAGCCAUGACAACUGGGGCUCUCACAUCUUUCAUUCUCUAUAGUCUUACUGUUGGAAGUGCUGUAUCUGGUCUGUCUGGGUUAUAUUCAGCAGCAAUGAAGGCUACAGGAGCAAGUAGAAGGGUCUUCCAACUUCUAGAUCGUGUCUCAUCCAUGGCAAAAUCGGGAGAAAAAUGUCCUUUUGGAGAUCAAGAUGGAGAGGUGGAGAUAAACGAUGUCUGGUUUGCUUAUCCAUCUCGGCCUACUCAUAUGGUCCUAAAGGGAAUCACAUUAAAGCUAACUCCUGGUUCAAAAGUUGCCCUAGUUGGUCCAAGUGGUGGUGGAAAAACCACAAUAGCGAACUUAAUUGAGAGGUUUUAUGACCCUCUUAAGGGAAAGAUUCUGGUAAAUGGGGUCCCCUUGGUGGAUGUUUCACAUAAACAUCUCCACAGAAAGAUUAGCAUAGUGAGUCAGGAGCCAGUUCUUUUCAAUUGCUCGGUCGAGGAAAACAUUGCAUAUGGAUUAGAUGGCAAAGCUAGCAGUGCCGAUGUAGAAAAUGCAGCUAAAAUGGCCAAUGCUCAUGAAUUCAUAUCGAAAUUUCCUGAGAAGUAUCAAACCUUUGUCGGAGAACGUGGGUUGAGGUUAUCUGGUGGACAAAAACAAAGGAUUGCAAUUGCGAGGGCACUUUUGAUGAACCCCAGCAUUCUCCUCUUGGAUGAAGCUACAAGUGCUCUUGAUGCUGAGAGUGAAUACUUAGUUCAAGAUGCUAUGGAGUCCUUAAUGAAAGGCAGAACCGUCUUGGUCAUAGCUCAUAGGCUCUCAACUGUUAAAAGCGCCGACACAGUUGCAGUCAUAUCGGGCGGUCAGAUAGUUGAAAGUGGCACCCAUGAGGAGCUUCUUGACAAAGAUGGAAUCUAUACUGCAUUGGUUAGGAGGCAACUUCAGGGAUCUAAAACAGAACUCUGAUCCAAAAGAUAGCACCUAUUACUCGUGACGAGGGGCAGUUGUAUUCCACGAUGAAAGAUUCUGUUUCAUUUUCAUUUUCAGAUGUCUCUAUUUUAUUUUCAGAUGUCACUUGGGUUUGUGACGGGUAAACGGCUUGUAAAAACAAUGUUUCAUCUCCAGCCAAUAGAAAACACGAGGCUUUGUGAAGAAGAUGAGUUGUUAUAAACAAUAUAUCCUUCACCAUCAA